UUUGAUUUUGUCUAAUUAUCUAAACUUAGUAAUGUCGUCCUCGUUGUCCUUAUUAUUGGGUUAGCCGCCAUUAUGACAGAUUAAUCCGGGGAAUAUAUAAUCCUCUUUACCUCUUUUUUCUCUUCUCCCUCCUACAUUCUUGCCAUAAGGUGGAGCAUAAGCUUUUGAGGGCUCUCUAUUUAUGUAUUUUAGAUAUAUUCUUAUUAUUUAUCUUAUUGGUAUUUGAUGAGUGCUUGAGAUAUAUUCUCUCUUGCCUUUAUUACCAUCUCAAAAUCCAUUGAGCAAAAUUUGAAGAAAAUAAGUAAUCAUGUGUGAUACCAUGUCUGGACCUCUUGAACGCCUCGUUAAGACAGGUUUCGAAGAGAGCUUCGAGGAUGAGAAGAAGACAAGACUUGGAUCUCUGAAGAAGAAGGCAAUCAAUGCCUCAACCAAGUUCAGGAAUUCCUUGACAAAGAAAGGAAGAAGGAACAGCAGGGUUAUGUCAGUCACCUUUGAUGAUGACAUUGAUGCUGAUGAGUUGCUAGCUGUGGAUGCGUUUCGCCAAGCGCUUAUCUUGGAAGAGCUAUUGCCCUCAAAACAUGAUGACCAUCACAUGAUGCUAAGAUUCUUAAGGGCCAGAAAAUUUGACAUUGAGAAGACUAAGCAGAUGUGGACUGAUAUGCUGCAGUGGAGGAAGGAUUUUGGUGCUGACACUAUCAUGGAGGAAUUUGAAUUCAAUGAGAUAGAUGAAGUCCUAAACUACUAUCCACAAGGACAUCAUGGAGUUGAUAAGGAUGGAAGGCCUGUUUACAUUGAAAGACUCGGUCAGGUUGAUUCGACCAAGCUUAUGCAAGUUACAACAAUGGACCGUUAUGUGAAGUACCACGUUAGAGAAUUUGAGAGAACCUUUGUUGUCAAAUUCCCUGCAUGUUCUAUUGCAGCAAAGAAGCACAUUGAUCAGAGUACUACCAUUUUGGAUGUCCAAGGAGUGGGGCUUAAAAAUUUCAACAAGGCGGCGAGGGAUCUUAUCCAGCGCCUUCAAAAGAUUGAUGGUGACAAUUAUCCUGAGACCUUGAAUCGCAUGUUCAUCAUCAAUGCUGGUUCUGGAUUUAGGCUAUUGUGGAGCACUGUUAAGUCAUUCCUUGACCCUAAGACCACUGCAAAAAUCCAUGUUCUUGGUAACAAGUACCAGAGCAAGUUGCUUGAGAUAAUUGAUGCAAAUGAACUGCCAGAGUUUCUGGGUGGAACUUGCACUUGUGCAGACAAGGGAGGCUGCAUGCGCUCUGACAAGGGUCCAUGGAAUGAUCCAGAAAUAUUCAAGAUGGUUCAAAAUGGUGAAGGAAAAUGCACAGGAAGAGUGCUAUCAGGCAUUGAGGAGAAGAGAAUCUCUGGGGAUGAGAAAUCAGGCUCAAAGAGAUGCCAUUCUUUCAACUCGGAAACAAGCCAAGACGCUUCAGAUUUGAAGUGUCACUCUUCAAGACUUCAAAGGGAGCAUUUGGAGCAUCCAACAUUAAGUCCUGUUCAUGAAGCUGAUCAAGUAACCAAAUUCUACAAAUACAACAACUUUGCCCCUGUGGUUGACAAAGCUGUGGAUGCAUCUUGGCCUAAAGCAGUCAAAAAAGAUAAAUUUGGAAGCAGUAGAGCUUUUGCUGUUAAUGAAGCCUGCAAGACAACUAAUGGCACAAGCAACCAGCUGUUUUCCGGAAUCAUGGCCUUUGUGAUGGGGAUUGUCACUGUAGUCCGUCUCACUCGAGACAUGCCAAAGAAAAUCACUGAAGCAGCGGUCUAUGGCAGCCCUGUUUACUACAAUGAGAUCACCAUGAUCAAAGGCAGCCAGUUGCCUGCGCCUGCACCCAUCUCAAACACCGAGUACAUGAACAUGAUGAAGCGAAUGGCUGAAUUGGAAGAGAAAGUUAGUGUUCUAAACAUGAAACCGGUAGUCAUGCCUCCUGAGAAAGAGGAAAUGUUGAAUGCAGCCUUGAACCGGGUUAGCGCCCUCGAACAAGAGCUUUCAGCAGCCAAGAAGGCACUUGAUGAUGCUCUUGUUAAACAAGAGGAGCUUGUGUCCUAUGUUGAUAAGAAAAAGAAGAAGAAGAAGAACAAGUUUUUCUUUGGAUUUUGAUUGCAGAACCCAUUUUGCUGGUGAGUGAUAUGUUGUGAACGCUAUUUUUAUUAUCUGCUGCUACAAAAACGAAUAGAAGAGGUCAUGAACCGUUGAUUGAAGUUGGUGGCGAUGUUGAUUUUCAGCCCCACUAAUUGUAUUUCAAAAUGCUCGAGUAUGUAUUUGCCUUGGUUAUUCUCGAGUCAAGUCUUCUGUAAAUUAAUGAUCUUGUAAACAGUGAUCUAUUCCCUUGACACUUUUAUAUGUAUAUUUCGAGUUAUGUGGCCACCAAAGCAUCAACGCGAGCUAAAAAAGAAGCAUUCAUUGCAUAA